AUGUCGUGGUUCCGCUCCGCGCUCAGCAUAGGCGCGGAGGCCGCCAAUGCGAGCGGCAAGGCGGUGGGGUCGGGGUUCGAGCGCGCGAGCUCGUUCGCGUCGUCGGUGGUGCAGCGCGCCAAUGACGCCGUGCUGCUGGCGGGCGACGCCGUGGAGCAGGGCGCCAAGAUGGUCUACGAGCACGCCGAACACGCCGUGGGCGGCGCGUCGGCGCGGCAGCACAACAGCUUCCGCCACGCCGUGCGGCGCAUCGAGGAGGUGGCGAUGCUGGCGCGCGGGGCGGAGCGCAAAGAGGCGCUUGCGCGCUGGCUGGGCGCGCUGGCGGAAAUCAGCGCGGAGAGAGAGCAGGCGGAGCGCGGAGAGAAGGAGCUGGCGGCGCUGCAGCAGCUGGGGAUGGGGCUCGCGCUUGGGGGGAGCGCGGCGGCGGGUGGGGGGAGCGAUGGUGGUGGGGGUAGCGGGAAGAAUGACUCAGCGGAGGGCGGGGCGGGGGAGGCAGCGGGGCAACGGGCGGCGGAGGCAGAUGGGGGCGGAGGGCAGGCGGGGGAGGGCGCGGAAGAGGGAGGUGGUGAGGGCGCGGGUAAGGGCGCGGGCGAGAGCGAUAGCACGAGUGGCAGCGGCGUGAGGGAGGGCUUGGCGCCGCCCUCAGCGUCUCCGCGGCGCCUCCCUGCCCCGCCCAGCGCCCCCCCGCACAGCAAGGUGUCUCGGGUGAGUGAGAUGGCACGGGUGUGGUGGGUGAGUGAGAUGGCACGGGUGUGGUGGGUGAGUGAGAUGGCACGGGUGUGGUGGGUGAGUGAGAUGGCACGGGUGUGGUGGGUGAGUGAGAUGGCACGGGUGUGGUGGGUGAUUGUGAAGGCAUGGCACGGUGAGGUGCUGUUCCACGACCCCAACGCGCCGCACCAGCCACUCACCUUCCGCGACGUCUUUCUGCACAGCCAGGCGCUGGAGAACAUGGUGGCGUCGCUGGUGAUGGACCCCGGGGAUGACGAGGAGUUCUGGCUGCUCAGAAACCUCUUCAGGUUGUGUCUAUCGCUGGGCCACGAGGACCAGGACGCGCUGCUGGCCACGCUGCACUCGCUCGCCAACUCCGCCGAGUCCUAUGCCGAAGUCAAGCUGUCGGGCGACGAGUUGGAGCGGUUUGUGGCGGAGGCGAUGACGGGGCUGAAGGUGAGCCCCGAGGCGGAGCGCCUGGACGCCGAGGCACGGCGCCUGGAGCACGCCGUGGCGCAGGGGCUGGCUGCUGUGCACGCCUCCUCCGCCCUGCACGCCGCGGAGGAUGAUGGUGACGGGGGCAAGGGCGGUGGCGCGCAGGGGAAAGGAAAGGGUGAGGAGGUGGGGGUGGAAGGGGCAGAGCAGGCAGAGGGCGAGGGAGGGGCGGGGGAGGCGGAGAGGGCAGAGGGGGAGGCGGCGUUGGGGCGGGUGGAGGAGGCGGAGAGGGCGGUGGACGAGGUGCUGGCGGUGCAGCAGCAGGAGGUGCAGGCCGCCCGCAGCCGCGAGGUGCUGCGUGCUGCUCUGCGCCUGGUGGCUCUGGAGAGGCGUAGAGAGGCGCUGCUGCAGCAGGGGGACACGCCGGGCGACCGUGCUCUCAAGGUGGAGCGGGUGACAUCACUGGCGGCAGAGGUGGGCGAGGGGGUGGUGGCGCUGAGGGCACAGAUGGCGGAGUGCACCCAGCAGAAGGCGGACGCCCUCGCCUACCGCACCGCCAAGGCCCAAGAGGCUGCUGACUCCCACUCCGUGGUGGACCGGGAAAUGGCUGCUCUGCAGGCGAGGAAGGCGGAACUUGAGGAGGAGCUGAGCAAGGUGCAGAGUGCGAUAGACAGUCUGAGCAAGAAGCAAGGCAAGGUGCGCGAGGAAAAGGAGCAGUUCAGCAUGGCCAGCACCAGCAUCGUCACCCACCUUGCAGCGCAGGAGGCGCGGCUGAAGGCAUCAAUGGAGGAGCAUGAGGGAGACGGGAGGGCGCUGGAGGAGUGGCGCAAGUUCCUGCAGCGCACGUGGCAGCUGCAGUCCGCCGCCCUGGAGGCUCAGGAGAAACGCCUCAAGGAGGAGGCAUCAGCUCGCAGGGACCGACUCUUUGCUGCUGCCACAUCGCAUCUGCACCUCUGUCAGGCCCAGCUGGAGUCGUUCUGGGCCAAGGCCAAGGCAGUGGUGGGCACACUAGAGGGCAUCCAUGAGAAGAGGGCGGGCAUGGUGUUGGAGGGCAUGGACGCGGUGGUGGCGGACAUCUCUCUGCGCCAUCUGCACUGGGAGGAGCGCUUCAUUGCCGCUGACAUCCAGGUGAAGCGGUGCAUGGGGGAGGUGGAGCUGGCGCUCAAGGACGUGCGCGCCUGGAUGGACUCCCUCGCCUCGCCCUCCCCCAAUGCCCUCACAUUCGCUAUGAGAGCUACAAGUCGCCCCACCCUCACCACUCACACACCAACCGCUGCCCCCUCACUCCCCGCUUCUGCCAUUCCCGUCCCCGCGUGCCCCCCCAGCGAGGACACGGCACGGCUGAACGCACUGAGGGUGCGCGGGGUGGAGCUCGACGCCCUGCUCGCUGACAUCCGUGCCGCCCCGCGCCCCGCCCUCUCCAUCUCCCACCCCUCCGUGCUCCGCGUGCCACGCAUCUCCCCUGCCUCGCCGCCCACCGCCACGGCACCUGCGGCGGCCACAGCAGCACCUGCCCCAGGCGCCACCUUCCCCGCCACCGUCGUCAUUGCCCCCGUGGGCAGCGCCUCCUCCACCCUCAACGCACCUCCCCCUGCACCUGCCCUCGGGGCGGCAGGGCCGCGCCGGCCGUUCAAGCCGUCGCUGCAGAUCGGAGGGGAUGCGGUGGGCGGCAUGGGCGGCGGAGCGCCGGAGUCGCCCGAGGACGGCGCGCCGAUGACGCCGUUUGUGAUCUCGGGCGGCAUGCGCCGCCCGCAGGGAGGCGGGUUCCGCGACGAGCAGGGCCGGCUGAGACGCCCUGCGAGGAAACCCGGAGUGGCGUCGAUCGCUGAGGGCGUGGAGGGGCUGGGCGACAAGGGCGGUGUGGAGGGUGGGCGGCGGAGUAGUGAGGUUGAGCGUGAGGAGGGAGUGGUGGGUGACGGGAUCUCAGAGGGAGAAGAGGCUGAAAAGGCUGAUUCCGAGGCAGAAGAGAAGAAGGAAAGUGCAGAGGGCAAGGUGACAUGGUGA